CCUUUCAUGCCAUUACCGCGGCGUGUUCUGGUCGCUUCUACUCUUGCUGGCGCCUUUGCAACAGCGACAGCAGCAUACUUGCUGAUUCCAGACAAAUCACGCUCAGCUCCGACUGUAAACGACGCGUCAUUGUCGCCUUCUCAUUUCACCCGUUCAGUCCUGACUUCCAGCAAAACAAGCGGCCCAGACACAAAACUCCUAGUGCUUACUGUCCCCGGCUUCUCUAAGCAACAGAGGCCAGGUCAUCUUGCGCCGAUCUGGUCGGUAUUCAUAAAAGACGAUGACAUUCAAGUCGAGAGGCCAUACACGCCUCUACAAGGCAUCGACGACGACGGCAGAAUGUUAUUCUGGGUUAAGCAGUACCCGAAAGGAGAGGUCGGGCGUUGGCUCAAUUCGAAAACUGUCGGCGAACAAGUAGAGUUUCGUGGUCCACUAACUACUUGGGCUUGGAAAGAAGACGACUGGGACCACAUUGUGAUGAUCUCUGGUGGGACUGGAAUAACACCGUUUUUUCAACUGUUGCACUCCGCGUUUACUGCUACGUCGACAAACAAGCGAUUCACAUUGCUGCAUUCAUCACGAACACCUGAAGAGCUACCGCCGCCAGAAAUACUGGAGCCUUUGGGCAAAUAUGCAGCCUCUCAUCCAGAUAACUUUGCCCUGCAUCUAUUUGUGGAUGGUGGGGAUAGAGCAGCCCAUACUGGGUUGCGACUGGGACGUAUAGGAAAGAAAGAUAUUCAGAAUUGUCUCGGUAUCAGCAACUGGUUCUGGUUCCGCAAACCUCCGUUGGAAAGGACUUUGUUUUUGGAUGAUAGCGGCUCUCGCUGGCCCUCACGGAAGGAAUUUCUCCCAGGGAGAGGCCCGCCCGACUUCGUGCGCGAGUCGAUGAACAACUCGGAUGGCUUUGGGUUCGACGACGCCGAAAUAAAACUCAGCGACGAGGAAUGGGACCGCCUUCUAAGCCACAAGCGGCGGUGGUGCCGGCUGCAGCCCCUUGUUGAGGCUCGUGGCUAUCGGAUACCUAAAGAAAUGCACCCAGACCGCAUAGACGACUGGAAAGUGCGACCGAGAAGUCCACCUCCCGAUCCACUCUACCCACAUUUGCUGGAAGGUCUCCGGGUAUGGGACAAACGACCUGUAAUGCUUAAACUAUCUCGAACGGACCUCUGGGAAGCCGCAAUAUCAGAACAUCUCGCUUCAAUUCCUGACCCCGACAACCACACGAUUCCGUUUUACGACCUUAUUACCUUCCCCGAGGAACCGGACUCUGAAUUCCAGUGGUGCAUCAUCGUCACUCCCCGACUAACCGACUGUCGCUAUUCCCAUUUGGACACCUUCAAAGACCUGGUGGAUUUCAUCACUCAAGUUCUUGAGAAGGGCGUCUGCUUCAUGCAUCGUUACAAUGUGGCCCAUACCGAUGUGGCACGAACAAACAUCGUAUGGGACGACCGACCUGAUAUCAUUCCUGACGACAACCGCCCCGGACCGAAACCUUCGCUUGUUUCACGUCUCUUCAAAGACAAGCCCAAGACACAACGGAAGUAUUGGUUCAUUGAUUUCGGGUUGGCCUGCUCCUAUCCAACAUUUGAGGAACGUGGCUUGGUCAAGGGGAUCUGUGGCCAGCAUAAAAAUAUUCCGGAACUUUCCGAGGAGGUUGCUUACGAUCCUUUCCCCCUGGACAUUAGACAAAUUGGCGAAAUGUUAACCCGAGACUACGUCGGGCUCUAUCGAGGGCUCGAAUUCAUUGAGCCAUGGAUAUCACGACUACGACAAGAUAAUCCGACAGACAGACCGACCGCCACAGAAGCGCUGGCCGAAUUUCAGAGAGUCACUCGGGAACUCUCUGAAGAAAAACUCCAAAGUCGACUAUACAAGCAGGGCGAAUGGCCAAACCUCGCCCGCAACACCACAAUCGUUUUACUAGUCUGGUUCACACUCAACGGUGUCUUCUUCUGGUACAAUUGGGAUCGACUCCAUGCUCCGCUGGCCGUGGUUUCCAGUCUAGGAGAUGUCAAUGUUUCCAACUAA